AUGGGGAUCUCCACAGUCAUCCUUGAAAUGUGUCUUUUAUGGGGACAAGUUCUAUCCACAGGUGGGUGGAUCCCAAGGAUUAGAGACUACGCUUCACUGAUUCCCUCGGAGGUGCCCUUGGAUACAACCGUAGCAGAAGGGCUACCAUCAAUGAGCUCUUCCUUUCUCCACCCUGCAGGUUCUCCGUUUCCCUUGGAGUUGACCCUGGAGUCAACUGUGGCAGAAGGUUCUCUGAUUCCCUUGGAGUCGACCCUGGAGUCAACUGUAGCAGAAGGAUCUGAUUCUGGUUUGGCCUUGAGGCUGGUGAAUGGAGAUGGCAUGUGUCAGGGCCGAGUGGAGAUCCUAUACCGAGGCUCCUGGGGCACCGUGUGUGAUGACAGCUGGGACACCAAUGAUGCCAACGUGGUCUGCAGGCAGCUGGGUUGUGGCUGGGCCAUGUCAGCUCCAGGAAAUGCCCGGUUUGGCCAGGGCUCCGGACCCAUUGUCCUGGAUGACGUGCACUGCUCAGGGCAUGAGUCCUACCUGUGGAGCUGCCCCCACAAUGGCUGGCUCUCCCAUAACUGUGGCCAUGGUGAAGAUGCUGGUGUUAUCUGCUCAGAAAGUUGGCCUGUCAGGAUAUCACCUGUACCCACAGAAGGACCUGAAUCCAGUUUGGCCCUGAGGCUGGUGAAUGGAGGUGACAGGUGUCGAGGCCGAGUGGAGGUCCUAUACCGAGGCUCCUGGGGCACCGUGUGUGAUGACAGCUGGGACACCAAUGAUGCCAAUGUGGUCUGCAGGCAGCUGGGCUGUGGCUGGGCGACAUCAGCCCCAGGAAAUGCCCGGUUUGGUCAGGGCUCAGGACCCAUUGUCCUGGAUGAUGUGCGCUGCUCAGGACAUGAGUCCUACCUGUGGAGCUGCCCCCACAAUGGCUGGCUCUCCCACAACUGUGGCCAUCAUGAAGACGCUGGUGUCAUCUGCUCAGUUUCCCAGUCCCGGCCAACACCCAGUCCAGAUACUUGGCUGACCUCACAUGCAUCAACAGCAGGAUCUGAAUCCAGUUUGGCCCUGAGGCUGGUGAAUGGAGGUGACAGGUGUCAGGGCCGAGUGGAGGUCCUAUACCGAGGCUCCUGGGGCACCGUGUGUGAUGACAGCUGGGACACCAGUGAUGCCAAUGUGGUCUGCAGGCAGCUGGGCUGUGGCUGGGCCACAUCAGCCCCAGGAAAUGCCUGGUUUGGUCAGGGCUCAGGUCCCAUUGUCCUGGAUGACGUGCGCUGCUCAGGCUAUGAGUCCUCCCUGUGGAGCUGUCCCCACAAUGGCUGGCUCUCCCACAACUGUCAGCACAGUGAAGACGCUGGUGUCAUCUGCUCAGCUGCCCACUCCUGGUCGACGCCCAGGCCAGACACGUUGCCGACCAUCACCUUACCUGCAUCGACAGUAGGAUCUGAAUCCAGUUUGGCCCUGAGGCUGGUGAAUGGAGGUGACAGGUGUCAGGGCCGAGUGGAGGUCCUAUACCGAGGCUCCUGGGGCACCGUGUGUGAUGACAGCUGGGACACCAAUGAUGCCAAUGUGGUCUGCAGGCAGCUGGGCUGUGGCUGGGCCAUGUCAGCCCCAGGAAAUGCCCGGUUUGGUCAGGGCUCAGGACCCAUUGUCCUGGAUGACGUGCGCUGCUCAGGGAAUGAGUCCUACCUGUGGAGCUGUCCUCACAAUGGCUGGCUCUCCCACAACUGUGGCCAUGGUGAAGAUGCUGGUGUCAUCUGCUCAGGUGGGUCUCCAGCAAUUUGGGUUUCCUCUCUUGGGGUAGAUUUUGCUCAGGAAGGACCUGAAUCCAGUUUGGCCCUGAGACUGGUGAAUGGAGGUGACAGGUGUCAGGGCCGAGUAGAGGUCCUAUACCGAGGCUCCUGGGGCACCGUGUGUGAUGACAGCUGGGACACCAAUGAUGCCAAUGUGGUCUGCAGGCAGCUGGGCUGUGGCUGGGCCAUGUCAGCCCCAGGAAAUGCCCGGUUUGGUCAGGGCUCAGGACCCAUUGUCCUGGAUGACGUGCGCUGCUCAGGGAAUGAGUCCUACCUGUGGAGCUGUCCCCACAACGGCUGGCUCUCCCACAACUGUGGCCAUAGUGAAGACGCUGGUGUCAUCUGCUCAGCUGCCCAGUCCCGGUCGACGCCCAGGCCAGACACGUUGUCGACCGUCACCUUACCUCCAUCGACACUGUCUGGCCAAUGCCUUGCCAUCACUGGCAAUUUACCAGAAGCCAGAGAGGACCGUGUGGGUGCCACCAAACUCUUCAACAUGGGGACAGCACGGGCCUGCGCUCUGGAGCUGUGGAGCUCCAUCCUGUGUGUGCCCAGAAUCCUUGACCUCAUGGUAGGGAUGGAUAAAGGGUUCUUGUGUUCCUCUGUAGGACCUGAAUCCAGUUUAACCCUGAGGCUGGUGAAUGGAAGUAACAGGUGUCAGGGCCGAGUAGAGGUCCUAUACCGAGGCUCCUGGGGCACCGUGUGUGAUGACAGCUGGGACACCAAUGAUGCCAAUGUGGUCUGCAGGCAGCUGGGCUGUGGCUGGGCCACGUCAGCCCCAGGAAAUGCCCGGUUUGGUCAGGGCUCAGGACCCAUUGUCCUGGAUGAUGUGCGCUGCUCAGGACACGAGUCCUACCUGUGGAGCUGCCCCCACAAUGGCUGGCUCUCCCACAACUGUGGCCAUCAUGAAGACGCUGGUGUCAUCUGCUCAGCUUCCCAGUCCUGGCCAACACCCAGCCUAGACACUUGGCCGACUUCACAUGCAUCAACAGCAGGAUCUGAAUCCAGUUUGGCCCUGAGGCUGGUGAAUGGAGGUGGCAGGUGUCAGGGCCGAGUGGAGGUCCUGUACCGAGGCUCCUGGGGCACCGUGUGUGAUGACAGCUGGGACACCAAUGAUGCCAAUGUGGUCUGCAGGCAGCUGGGCUGUGGCUGGGCCAUGUCAGCCCCAGGAAAUGCCCGGUUUGGUCAGGGCUCAGGACCUAUUGUCCUGGAUGACGUGCGCUGCUCAGGACAUGAGUCCUACCUGUGGAGCUGCCCCCACAAUGGCUGGCUCUCCCACAACUGUGGCCAUCAUGAAGACGCUGGUGUCAUCUGCUCAGCUGCUCAGUCCCAGUCAACGCCCAGGCCAGAUACUUGGCUGACCACCAACUUACCGGCAUCGCCAAUAGGAUCUGAAUCCAGUUUGGCACUGAGGCUGGUGAAUGGAGGUGACAGGUGUCAGGGCCGAGUGGAGGUCCUGUAUCAAGGCUCCUGGGGAACCGUGUGUGAUGACAAUUGGGACACCAAUGAUGCCAAUGUGGUCUGCAGGCAGCUGGGCUGUGGCUGGGCCAUGUCAGCCCCAGGAAAUGCCCGGUUUGGCCAGGGCUCAGGACCCAUUGUCCUGGAUGACGUGCGCUGCUCAGGACAUGAGUCCUACCUGUGGAGCUGCCCCCACAAUGGCUGGCUCACCCACAACUGUGGCCAUCGUGAAGACGCUGGUGUCAUCUGCUCAGCCACCCAAAUAAAUUCUACUACGACAGAUUGGUGGCAUCCAACAAUUACAACCACUGCAAGACCCUCUUCAAAUUGUGGUGGCUUUUUAUUCAGUGCCAGUGGGACAUUCUCCAGCCCAUCCUACCCUGCAUACUACCCCAACAAUGCUAAGUGUGUUUGGGAAAUAGAAGUGAAUUCUGGUUAUCGCAUAAACCUGGGCUUCAGUAAUCUGCAGUUGGAGGCACACCAUAACUGCAGUUUUGAUUAUGUUGAAAUCUUUGAUGGAUCACUGAAUAGCAGUCUCCUGCUGGGGAAAAUCUGUAAUGAUACCAGGCAAAUAUUUACAUCUUCUUACAACCGAAUGACCAUUCACUUUCGAAGUGACGUCAGUUUCCAAAACACCGGGUUCUUGGCUUGGUAUAACUCCUUCCCAAGCGAUGCCGCCUUGAGGUUGGUCAAUUUGAAUUCAUCCUAUGGUCUAUGUGCCGGGCGUGUAGAAAUUUACCAUGGUGGCACCUGGGGGACAGUUUGUGAUGACUCCUGGACCAUUCAGGAAGCUGAGGUGGUCUGCAGACAGCUAGGGUGUGGACGUGCAGUUUCAGCCCUUGGAAAUGCCUACUUUGGCUCUGGCUCUGGCCCCAUCACCCUGGAUGAUGUAGAAUGCUCAGGGACGGAAUCCACUCUCUGGCAGUGCCGGAACCGAGGCUGGUUCUCCCACAACUGUCAACACCGUGAAGAUGCUGGUGUCAUCUGCUCAGGAAACCAGCUAUCGACACCUGCUCCUUUUCCCGACAUCACCCGUCCAAACACAAAUUAUUCCUGUGGAGGCUUCCUAUCCCAACCAUCAGGGCGCUUUUCCAGCCCAUUCUAUCCCGGGAACUAUCCAAACAAUGCCAAGUGUGUGUGGGACAUUGAGGUGCAAGAAAACUACCGUGUGACUGUCAUCUUCAGAGAUGUCCAGCUUGAAGGUGGCUGCAACUAUGAUUAUAUUGAAGUUUUCGAUGGCCCCUACCACAGUUCCCCUCUCAUUGCUCGAGUUUGUGAUGGGGCCAGAGGCUCCUUCAUUUCUUCCUCCAACUUCAUGUCCGUUCGCUUCAUCAGUGACCACAGCAUCACGAGGAAAGGGUUCCGGGCUGAGUACUACUCCAGUCCUUCCAAUGACAGCACCAACCUGCUCUGUCUGCCAAAUCACAUGCGAGCCAGCGUGAGCAGGAGCUACCUCCAAUCCCUGGGCUUUUCUGCCAGUGACUUUGUCAUUUCCACCUGGAACGGAUACUACGAGUGUCGGCCCCAGAUAACGCCGAGCCUGGUGAUAUUCACAAUUCCCUACUCAGGCUGCGGCACCUUCAAGCAGGCAGACAAUGACACCAUCGACUAUUCCAACUUCCUCACAGCAGCUGUCUCAGGUGGCAUCAUCAAGAGGAGGAAGGACCUCCGUAUUCAUGUCAGCUGCAGGAUGCUUCAGAACACCUGGGUCAACACCAUGUACAUUGCUAAUGACACCAUCCAGGUCGAGAAAGUCCAGUAUGGCAAUUUUGACGUGAACAUUUCCUUUUAUACUUCCUCCUCUUUCUUGUAUCCUGUGACCAGCCACCCUUACUACGUGGACCUGAACCAGGACUUGUACGUUCAGGCUGAAAUCCUCCAUUCUGAUGCUGCACUCACCUUGUUUGUGGACACCUGCGUGGCAUCACCAUACUCCAAUGACUUCACGUCUUUGACUUAUGAUCUAAUCCGGAGUGGAUGCGUGAGGGAUGACACCUACGGACCCUACUCCCCGCCGUCUCCUCGCAUUGCCCGCUUCCGGUUCAGGGCCUUCCGCUUCCUGAACCGCUUCCCCUCCGUGUACCUGCAUUGUAAAAUGGUGGUGUGCAGAGCAUAUGACUCCUCUUCCCGCUGCUACCGAGGCUGUGUGGUGAGGUCCAAGAGGGAUGUGGGCUCCUACCAGGAAAAGGUGGACGUCGUCCUGGGUCCCAUCCAGCUGCACCCCCCACGCCGAGAAGAGGAGCCUCGGUAG